AUGGCUUCGAACGAGACAAACGAAGAGGAGGUCAACACCAAUGACCAACUCGUCAUAUCCGAGGAUCAGAAUCAUCCAGCCAACCUCAUCCCUUCUCUAUGUGCCAAGUUCUGGACAUUGGGCUGGGUCACAGGCACUGGGGGAGGUGCAUCGAUUCGUGAUGAUGAUCUGGUAUACAUCGCCCCAUCUGGAGUGCAAAAGGAGCUCCUGAAGCCCCGGGAUCUAUACGUUUUGGAGUUAUCCAAGCAGACGGAUCUCAAGAACCGGGUUUACCUGCGCUCCCCGCCUGGCGGCAAGCCAUCUCAGUGCACUCCGCUCUUCCUGGCCGCUUUCACCAAACGCAACGCCGGAUGCUGCAUUCACACACACUCGCACUGGGCAGUCUUGGUGACUCUGAUCCUCGAGACUCGAGGCCCGGGUCAAGACAAGAUGUUCGAGAUUAACAACAUCGAGCAGAUCAAGGGUUUUGGGCGGGGUUUCCAGAAGUCCGGAAACUUGGACUACCAUGAUACUUUGCGCAUACCAGUCAUCGAGAACACUUCUCACGAAGAGGAUCUCACCGAGUUCCUCGAGGCGGCAAUGGAAAAGUACCCAGAUACAUAUGCGGUACUCGUUCGCAGACACGGUGUUUACGUUUGGGGAGACAAUGUUCGCAAAGCCAAGACCAUGUGUGAGAGUCUUGACUACCUGUUCCAAUUAGCAGUGGAGAUGAAACAGCUCGGUCUGCCCUGGAUCAGCAACGUCGAGAAAGUAAUCACAUCUUCCGGAAGGUAA